AUGCAAAUGAUGAGGAAGCUUGUACCGACUGGAGUUGCUGCUGCUGAAAUAGAUGGAAUGACAAUUCAUUCAUUUUUGGGCGAACAACGCAAUUCAGGAAAGCCAUGGGCUAUUAAACCGGGUGACUCAAAACUUGAGAAAGAAUGGAGAUCAGUCGAAUAUCUUUUAAUUGAUGAGAUGAGUAUAGUUGGUUUAACUCUACUAGCAAAAUUCAAUCGAAUUGUUUCAACUGCAAAACACGUCGAUCCUCAAGUUCCAUUCGGUGGUGUAAACAUUAUCUUCUUUGGUGAUUACUUACAAUAUCGAUCUGUAUAUGAUGCACCAUUACACACUGAUUUUUCAUUACCAUCCAAAAAGAAAUCGAGUAAACUACUCACAGAAAAAGAAAUUCAACAACGUGUUGCACGUUCUUUAAUUCUUCUAAUUAACUGUGUGGCAUAUUCUGUAUCAACAGAUGUUUUAUCGGAAAUAUUUCCAAAAAAUACACAGUACAUCCAUCGACCAUUAUAUGCAUUAACAGGAAUUGCCAAAUCAAAAAUUGAAUCCAAUCUUGAAGAACUUCAACCAAAACUUGUUCCAAUACCAGUAAUCGAACAAACAUUUCGAGUAGACGUUUCUGAUGUUCUUCCAUAA